AUGAGUAGUAAACUGUGGACAGAGGAGCAGUUUAACUGCCCUGUGUGUCUGGAUCUCCCCAACGAUCCAGUCACCAUCCCCUGUGGGCACAGCUACUGCAUGGCCUGCAUCAAGGAUUACUGGAGCAAGGACGACCCCAAGGGGACCUACAGCUGCCCCCAGUGCCGCCAGGCCUUCAGCCCCAAGCCCAGCCUGUCCAGGAACACCAUGCUGGCAGAAGCUGUGGAGCAACUUCGGAAGGGGGCCAGCAAAUCUGAUGCUAUCCGUAACGCCCGUAGGGCGUCCUCCGACUCCACCAAACCCAAAAGGAAGCUCUCCUCCUCAACAGUGACCUGCGACAUGUGCAAAGGGGAUCGGCGAGCAGCGGUCAAGAGCUGCCUGGCGUGCAUGAGCUCCUACUGCGACGCCCACCUGAAGCCCCACAAGACCAAGAAGGCCCUGAAGCAGCAUGAGCUCAUCGCACCCACGGGCAAUCUGGCCGAGAAGAUCUGCACGCAGCACAAGUACCUGCAGGAGUUCUUCUGUCGCCAGUGCAAGAUCUUCAUCUGCUGGCUCUGCACUAGCGACCUGCACAAGGGCCACGAGUGUGUGUCCACCAAGGUGGAGCGCUUGGAGAAACAGAAAGUGAUCUCCGAGGUGCAGGUGGCGAAUCAGCAGAGACUGAAAGACAGAGAGCAGGAGCUCAAAGACAUGAAGACGAUCAUGGAGGGGAUGAAGCUUUCCUCAGAGAGAGUACAUGAUGACACGGAGCAGGUGCUGUCGGAGCUGCAGCGCUCCAUGGAGCGUCUGCAGGAGCUGGUGGAGGAGCUGCUGGACCAGGCCAGCAUGGAGAAGAUGGGCCAGGCCCAGGAGGUGGCCGACAGUCUGGAGGCUGAGAUCAAGGAGCGGAAGAGGAGGGACACAGACAUGAAGGACCUGGGGCGCUGCGAAGACCACAUUCACUACCUGCAGGCGUACGAGUCCAUGAUCAGCCCCUUGGAGUCAGGCGAACUUCCCGCCGUGGCGGUCAACCCAGACGCUUCCUUUGAGCCUGUGCGAGACGCCAUCCUGGACCUCAGGGAGCGAGUGGAGGACCUGUGCAACCAGGAGCUCGGCAAGAUCACCAAACACGGUUUAGGCUUCCAGAGUCAGGAUGUGAGGAGCAGAAACGCACCACGAGUGAGGGAGACCAACCCCAGACCCAGCCCGACUCCCAGCCCAGCUCCCAGCCACAGAGCGUCCCAGUCCCUCGGGAGCAGGUUCAGUCAGAACCAGGCCCCCAGUCCGACUCCCAGUCCGACUCCCAGCCACAGAGCGUCCCAGUCCCUCGGGAGCAGGUUCAGUCAGAACCAGGCCCCCAGUGCGACUCCCAGUCCGACUCCCAGCCGCAAAGAGUCCCAGUCCCUCGGGAGCAGGUUCAGUCAGAACCAGGCCCCCAGUCCGACUCCCAGCCGCAAAGAGUCCCGGUCCACUGGGAUCAGGUCCAGUCAGAACCAGGUUGCUCAUGCUGAGUCUCCGAUCCCGACUCCAGCUCCAGCUCCUGCAUCGUCUGGAGGUUUCAGUCGGAUGGCGUCGAUCAGCAGCCUCUUCCGCUCCCACCGGCGAGGCAUCCAACAGGCCACACCCGCUACCUCAGCAAUCCCCUUCGACAACACGCCAUCUGCAGGAGGAAACCCAUUGAGAGAAAUCAGCAUCGACAGCAUCCAGGCCCCAGAGCCGAGAUCCAGAGAGGAGUUCCUCCAGUACUCUGUGAACUUGACCCUUGACCCCAACACAGCCCACCGCCGACUGGCUCUCUCCGAGGGCAACACCAAAGCCCUCCUGCAGGUUGCGGCGCAGCCCUUCCCUGACACACCUCAGCGUUUUGACGGCUGGACCCAGGUGAUGUGCCAGAGCGCGCUGUACGGCCAGCACUGUUACUGGGAGGUGGAGUGGAGAGGCCGCGGCUCCUCUGUGGGCGUGGCUUACGGAGCCUUGAACAGGAAGGGCUCAGAUGCCAGAUCUGGUCUUGGGUACAACGCCCAGUCCUGGACCCUGGAGCUCUCAGACACCUGCUGCUCAGCCAUGCACGCCAAUGAGAAGAGGGACAUACCGGUCACCUACUCCCCCCGUCUGGGCAUCUUCCUGGACCAGUCCAUGGGGACGUUGGCUUUUCACAGUGUGGCAGAGAGCAUGACCCACCUUCACACCUUCCGCGCCAACUUCACGCAGCCACUUUAUGCCGCCUUCGGGGUGGGGAGCGGUGUCGGGGUGGGUCUGGACUUUGCCCUCGGCAAGUUUACCUCAAGCAGUGACAGCAUAAAGAUCUGUCCCAUGUGA